AUGGAAAUGGCUCACAGGUUAUCUGAUGCCGCAGCGCGAGCAAGACUAGUGGAGCCCACUCGGCAGAUCCUGUCAUGGCUGCAUGCGCAACACCGCAUGGACCCCGUGUGUGCCUUGAAUGUGAUCAAGGCAUAUCACGCUUGCGAUGAAGGCGCAGAGACGCGCGAAAGGCAUGAGAUUAUUGUGAACCUUGUUACGAGGUACCGUGAUCAGCUGGAUAUCCCCGAAAACUACCGGCCGGAUGUCUGCACAGCAUUCGCACAUUUCGGGUCUUUCGAGGAAUCCACAAAGAUGAUCACUAAACUCACAAACGCAUCGUUCGGCAGCGAGGCGUUCGAACCAUGUCAGGCGUCCUACGCGAUCUUGCUCAGCCGGGUAUGGAGUCAGACGAGGAACUUAGAGGCCGUGCAAUCGGUUUUCCGAAAUAUGGUUGCUGCGCUGAACGAUCAAGCGGUUCCGAUCGACGUUUACAACGCUCUAAUUUUGGCACGCGUUACAGCUGGUCAAGGGUUUCCCACUGACCCCGAGAUCUUUGGGUCCAUCGCAGACAAGAAGAUGAAACCGGAUAUGGCCACCUUCGGCCACCUCAUGCUCUCUCGAGCUUACGCAGACGACUGGGCCGCCGUCCGAAAGAUACUGGAUACAGUGCAUGAAAGUGGCAUGGUCAACACUUCCAUGCCCAUGAGGAGCUUCUUCAACCCUACAUUCAGGCAAUUCUGCAGACGGCACAACUCGGAAGACACUCGCAGUUUCCUGCAGGAAGUUAUAGACAAAUACGGCAUCCGGCCGACCCAGCGUACGGUUGAUCUGGUCCUCAAAUCUCUUGUUCACGAGAAGCGUUUGGAUGAGAUAGAACCAUGGAUUGAAAGCAUGCACGCACAGGGAUUCAAACGCACGGUAAACGCGCACAGCGCUUUCCACAUGGUUAAGCGUUAUUUCCUCGACAACAGGCCCUCACACCAGUUCCUCACUGGACUUGUCAAGCAACUUGAUGGUGCUGCUGACCGAAGCCUGGCAUCAAAAGAGCUUUACACGGUUGUCGGCAGUUCCCUCGCAUUCGACUUAAGCAAAGCUGGUCUAGGAAACCGCCGCAUCCUUGAGCCUGUCAUCAGAACACGCCUUGGGGGCCUCACUCGCAAGGCUGCUCGCGCACCUGGAAUCAUCAACAAAGCUUACGUAAACAAGCGGCAGACCGAGAGCCAGAUGUUACUAUCUCUUGCAUGGGAUAAACCCGAGGAAGCGCUGAAACUGUACCGGAAAACCCUCGUUGGCGGCUUGCCGGCCUCAACCCAAACACUUGAAAUAGCCAUGGAGGCGGGACACAGAACAGGAGAUGAAUCCCUGCGCAAGGCCUACGAAGAACUCUCUAAAGCAAAAGCGGCGGGCAUGAACGUACGUCCCAGUCUCGGCGCCUUUCUCCUCCAUCGCAUGUACAACCGACGACUCGACGAUCAUGAGAUCGAGAAAAUAGUCAUGGGCUUCUACCGCUCGAUGGCUGAGAACGGUUUCGAGGUCCAGCACUACAUAGCCAUCUCAGGCGCGAACUAUCUUGUGAACAAAGGCAGGCCGACCUCCGCCAUCAACCUACUGACUUCUAUCUACAAGUCAGAGUUGGCGCAGCGGAAGCCGUUCGACAUUGUCGGCAUGACGGUGUUCCUGCGCGCCUACGCCGCGGCAAGGAACCUGAACGGCGUGCAGUGGGUCUUGCAGACCGUGUUCGCGACCAACAUGCGCAUCGACAGGAAGUUUCACAAGGCGCUUCGCAUGGCGAAAAAGCCGUUUCUGCAUGGUGCGGACGGGAGCAGCUCCGGAGACGAAGCCCUGAGUGAUGACCGUGUUCGGGAGCGGUUUGUCCAGUGGCUCAAGCUCUGUUUGGCGAGGAGGAGGGCGCAAGCUAAUCGGACGAGGACCGUUGGAUUUCAGUUGGUCGACACGAUGAAAAGGCUCGCGGGCCGGACCCGGAGACGCGAAGGACUGCUGACGGUUCCACGCAUAAGGAACUACCCCCUAGCGGAAGCCACGGGUGUGGAGAUGGUGUCCGUAGAUGUCUCAUCUCCCAAGGUGUAG